AAUCAAGUAUACCAAAUAUCAUAUCGCAGUACAUCUGACGGUACAAAAAUCACAUUUUAUGAAAUGUAACCUGCAUCUCUCUUUUUUUAAAGGCUAUAUGGAAUGAUAAAGGAAUAUUUAUGAACAGUAGAGACUGUUGUAUUCUGUUUCCUUUGAAUAUAGCCUGCCAAUUGAAUAUCAAUGUUUAUCUAUCCUGGCAGAAUUUUGGGAGACAUGCUUUGCGGAAUGCAUGGGUGGAAAAGAGGGCUAAUCCAGAGUUAGUGAGGAAAGGAAGCAUGGAGGAGGAUUAAGCCUAAGUAAGCGAGAAGGAAAAGUGAAACUAUGUGGACGUUUCAAAACGGAAUAGCCUAACUUGGAGCAGACAUCGUAAGACGUGCUGAAAAUGCAAGCUUACAUGUACAUAUAUGUUGGUAAAUUAUAUAAAAAUCCAUUCUCCUCUCCUAUAGAUGACGGUGAGUGUCUGGAUAUUGUAAAUGCCUUAGAGGCAGUUCAAUGGACUAAACUGUUUAAAUACAAAUUCCACAGGGACCUACUUCAUAUUCAUAUGUUCCGAAGAAAAACACAAUUUCUUUGCACACCGAAUGACCCAUCACACUCUACAGAGAAACUGGAUCGCACCUGGGACUCCCCCGAGAGAUUCAAGUGCGCUAUGUAUUAACUGCUUGGGGCUGAUAAGUUAUGACAUGAGGGGUAUUAGCUGACGCUUCAAUUGUUGCUGACAUAUGGGCAUUUACAGCUGUGGCUGUGCCGUCCAUCAUGCGACUGCUCCAAUGACGACAACAAUGCAGUACAAUACAAUGUAUCACUUCACAACUCUUGAAUUGUGAGCAUCAGUUAGUGCAAUGAUUUCCGAGGUCAAGUCCCUAUUGGUUGGAGGCUUAUCUGUGUUAAAGAUAAGUUCAUACUGUGCAUUUUGUAUGAUACCAAGGUGUAGUAGAAUUUUUAAAAUAAUUUCAAAGGGGACGUCAACACCCAAAAUUAAGGUUUGAUAAUGCAAAAAGUUUUCCACUGCAGGAAGAGAUGAUUUGAAUCCAUCCAUGCAAGCAUCCAGGUUGUGGGGGCGACUGGAGACUAUCUCAGCUGAUUUUGGGUGAUUGGUGCGCAGUUGACUGGUCACCAGUUAAUCACUUAGGGCACAAAGAGCCAAACAACCAUUCACACUCACAUUCAAGCAACAUUUUGAAGUUGGAAUGUUUUGAAUCAACUAAGUGAAUUACAGGUAAAAUCCCCAACAUUGAAAUUUGGGGAUCUAUUUUGAAAAAAAAGUUUUAAUAUUCAUGAGCUGAGAAGUUCAACGUUGGAACCAUUUGAAUCGCUCAAAAAAUGUAGAAAUUGAGAGGGGGGGAAAAACAUUGAAGUUUUUAUUUUGAAAUAAAAAAGAUUGCACAAAACAGUUUAAUGUUGGAAAAGUUUAAAUAGGUAAGAACAAAUAUAUAGAUUGCAGGGGAAAAUAAUCAAAAAUAUUUUUUUAUCUUUGAUUUCAAUUUUUUGAAAUAAUUUGCAGUAGGAAUAGUGUUUACAGUUUCGAAUGUUUGAAUUUGGUUUAAAAAAAAAAUCAAUUUAGAAGUGCAAAACACACCAAACAUAGUUUCUCACUUUUAUUUUGACAUUUUGAGGAAAAAAAACUGCAGUAGCGACGAUCUGAGCAGAUUAUAGAUUGAACUGUUGGAAUUGUAAACCCAACAUUCAUGUAUGGAAAAUAGAAAGCCUACACAAGAAUUGCAACCUUGAACCUCAGAAUUGUGGAACAGACGUGGUUACCAUUAUCCCAUUGCAUUGCUCGAUAUGAAUUAAAUGAUUUUGUGUUGGAAAAUUGCUGCAGUGUCAAUUUUGUGGUUGAUUUUAUUGUUGCUGGAUUUGUGACGCUUAUUAUCAUCCAGCAUACUUCAUGUGGUUCGUAUGUGUUAUUUUAUUUUGACUGUGUACAGCGGACUGUUUAUUUAUACCUCAUAAAAGCUUAAGAAGAAAAUUGAAAAAGGUUUAGCUGACACGGUUAACGCCGAACGACUCAUUCAUUUCUUGCAAACAGCGGCUAUAUUUGUUCUUUUUUUCUUUUGUUCUCUUCUUUUUCUUCUUUACUGACGCCCAAUAAUAGUCCCACGUGAGCAGCAAGUUAGUGGUUUAUAUUUAGAGCGCGCAUGGGCGUUUGCGUCAGUGGAAUCCCGCGAAUGCGUCACUCAAAUGACGUCGGUGGCUACCGCCACGUGAUUGGCUGCAGACCGGAAACUUGCCCUCCUCUCCUUCCACCGUUUGAGGCACCGUCCCGCCUUGUAGUCUCCACAGCGUGAUAAAACGGGCUGCGCGUGGUGCGUCCCGCGUGGAUCUGAGUUGAUGCGUGUAUGUGUGUGAGUGUGUGCGCGCGCGCACGCGCGUGAGUGUUAGUGGGCGUGUGCAUCAGCCGGGCCUAGUUCAGUCCUUUGGGAUACUGUACAUGAACAACAUCAGAAUUUGGAUAUUUACGUGAAUCAGCAAUGCCCUGUGUACAAACGCAGCAUGUAUCCCUGACCCAUGACACCCACUUCAGCACCGACUUCUUAAACCCUGACCCGGGUGCCAAACUGGCGAUGGACGUCGGUGGCCAGAAGGAGCAGCUGUCGACGUCGUUGUUACCCAGCAUCAAUACCUUAGUGGGAAGUGGCUACAUUGGGGAGUUUGAUGCUUUUUCCUGCAAGAUUCCCGCCUCGCCUUCCACAUCUACCGUUUCAUUUGGCCACACCUCGGUCGCUGAAAGUUCCGACUGUCUGAUGCAGAACCAAGCCUACAAGCUCGAUGACCUCCAAGUGUAUGGCUGUUACCCAGGCUCAUUUACACUCAGCUGCCUUGAUGAGACGCUGUCGUCAUGCGGCUCCGACUACUACGGCAGCCCGGGGUACCCCGCCGCUUCCCCUCCGACAACAGGCUUUCAGACACUAUGUGCACCUGUAUGGGAUUCCCCUUUCAGCACUUACAAUCCAGCCCCCGCUGCUGAUAAGCCAGCCUCCUUUUUCCACUUUAGCCCCACGCCGGAGCAGCACUCUCCCGUGCUGCCUCACCAGGAUGCUCAGCUUGGUCAGGACGAGCCUUUUUUUAUGUCCCCUCAGCAGCAAGUGUCUUCGCUCCAUUGCCCCGUCAUGUCCAUGGAGCAUGGCGCCAGGCUCGUCGAGGGGUCUCCCAAAAUCCACAACCCGGCUUUGAGCGAGGGCCGCUGCGCCGUGUGCGGAGACAACGCAUCCUGUCAGCACUACGGUGUCCGGACGUGUGAAGGCUGCAAAGGUUUCUUCAAACGAACUGUGCAGAAAAAUGCCAAAUAUGUUUGCUUGGCCAAUAAAGACUGUCCAGUGGACAAGAGGAGGAGGAACCGCUGCCAGUUCUGUCGUUUCCAGAAAUGUCUUACAGUGGGAAUGGUCAAAGAAGUUGUUCGAACUGACAGCCUGAAAGGUCGCCGAGGCCGUCUGCCAUCCAAACCGAAGACGGUGGCUGAGGCUUCCUCCACCACCCCCCCCAGUGUCAACAUCAUUUCCUUGCUAGUACGCGCACAUUUAGACUCCAAUCCGACCAUCGGCAAGCUUGACUACUCCAAAUACCAGGAGACGGUGGACAAGGUUUCGGAGAAGGAGGACGCUGGUGACGUUCAGCAGUUCUACGACCUAUUGACUGGAUCAUUGGAAGUCAUAAAAACCUGGGCGGAAACGAUCCCAGGAUUCUCCGACUUUUGCACAGAGGACCAGCAGUUACUUCUAGAAUCCGCCUUUGUUGAGCUGUUCAUCCUACGCCUGGCAUACAGGUCAAAUCCCGUGAAGCACAAAUUGAUCUUCUGCAACGGCGUGGUCCUCCACCGACAGCAGUGUGUUCGUAGUUUUGGGGACUGGAUCGACUCCAUCAUGGAUUUCUCCCAGAGCCUUCAUCGAAUGAACUUGGACGUCUCCCUGUUCGCAUGCCUUUCGGCACUCGUCAUCAUUACCGAUCGACACGGCCUCAAAGAACCAAAACGUGUUGAAGACUUCCAGAGCAACCUCAUCUCAUCGUUAAGGGAGCACGCCAGUGGAAACAGAUCGGAAACAAGCCGAACCCAGCCCAAUUAUCUCUCUCGGCUUCUGGGUAAGCUCCCGGAGCUGAGGACUCUUUGCACACAGGGCCUGCAGCGCAUCUUCUACCUAAAACUGGAGAACCUCGUCCCCCCUCCGCCUAUUGUGGACAAAAUCUUUAUGGAUACCCUCCCAUUCUGAAUCCAAACGCGCACAGGAGAAGGAACGCACCUUACAUGAUUUUUGUGGUUUUGCUGGUGCUAAAAAGCACUUGACUUGUCACCAAAUAAUGGGGACCCUCUCGACUGUGCCGGUCUUCAAUCAUGCAUGCAGAAUUUUUGGUGAAGAUUGGCACCACAUGGAACCAUUAGAGGUGUAAAACAGCACCAUGCACUCUGAAGAACCACCUCUGUGUGUAUUGUUGUCUAUUGAGAUGUCUUCAUGUUGCAUUAUGCGCCACGCUAUCCGUUCGGGUGCUACAAAGCGACCCGAAACUGAUAUUAGUGGUCAUAUAUUUUGAGCGUGCAUUUGUAAAAGGACUUUAUUGCUGUGCUAAAUGUGUAAAUGUUGCCAUGCUAUGCAACUCAAAACAAUGUUGGCUAUGCAGUGUCGAUGAUGAACCAAACACGCAAAACUCUUUUUCCUGCCCGUCGGUCCCACUGGAAACAAGACAAGUCAUGUGUUGGAAGGUUAAAAUGGACAUUGUGCAAAAGGGCUUUCAAAAGGGAGACACAACGGUAGUUGCGGAAGGGCCAAAGAUUACACCUGUUAUGAUAAAACACGCUUUGGUCAUGAUCCUUAUGGCCGUAAAUGACAGACGUUGUUCCGCCAUUACUUUAUUGUUGACGUUUCCGACAUCUUUUCAAGCUGAUGCUGGCAGGCUUCCAGUCUACAUUCGUACAAACACAUACAAGUAUUCAAUUGAACCCUUUCAUGCACCCUGUAACCCGAUAACAUGAUAAGCUGUCCAAUUGUAGUCACCGCUGUCCCUCAAAGGGUUAAAAAAAAAGUGCCUUGCAAGAAACUCCUCAACCUUCCCGCUGAGCUCGUGUCACUCAAUGUCAAUGUCAUUUUGAAUAUCACAAACGAGACGAUGACAAACUUGAAUUUGAAAAAGCUUUUGACGAAAAGUGCCUGAAGCAUCUGUCAAUAGAGUUCUAAAAAAGUAGUA